AGCCCGAGAACAGGGCCCGGGGGCGGAGCCCCGUGCUGGGGGGCGUGGUCUGGCGGGCGUAGCCUCGUUCCGCCCCGCCCCGCCCCGCUCCAGCCGCGGCGGCCGCAGCCUCACUGCGCAGCUGCCUCCUGCACCAGCCGAGCUGAGGGCAUCCAGGAUGGCCGUGCUCUCCAAGGAAUAUGGCUUCGUGGUGCUCACGGGUGCCGCCAGCUUCGUCUUGGUGCUCCACCUCGCUAUGAACGUCUCCAAGGCCCGCAGGAAAUACAAAGUGGAGUACCCCACCAUGUACAGCACGGACCCCGAGAACGGUCACCUCUUCAACUGCAUCCAGCGGGCGCACCAGAACACGCUGGAGGUGUACCCACCCUUCUUGUUCUUCCUGGCCGUCGGCGGCGUUUACCACCCGCGCAUAGUGUCCGGCUUGGGCUUGGCGUGGAUCGUGGGGCGAGUUCUCUACGCUCACGGCUACUACACGGGAGAGCCCAGCAAGCGCAGCCGGGGUGCCCUGGGCUCCAUCGCCCUCCUGGGCCUGAUGGGAACGACUGUGUGCUCCGCCUUCCAGCAGCUGGGCUGGAUCAAGCCGGGCCCAGGCGGGGGCCGGUGCUGCCACUAGGCCGGGGGGGGGGGGGCCCGGAGGCGCCCGCC